AAGUUCAUUUGAUCGAGAAACUAGCUGUAACGAAGCUUUGAAACUUAAAAGGCGACAAUAUUUUCUAUUGAUCGAAAACUAAAUCCUCUAUAUCUGUUAAAACGAAAAAUUACUUUCACUUGCAUUUCGUCGGUUGUACAAGUUCGUACAAGAAAGCUCAAUAUUGGAUUAUACAAACGAGAAGAUCAUGACGAAUGUGUACAACGAUUCAAGAAUAUCAACGUUGUCAUCGGAGUUUAAUAGCUCAUAUAAUGAUAGCGUGGUACCUUCGAACGAAAGCUUUGGAGAAGACAUUACCGGAGAUAUACUCUGGUACUUUUACGAUAAAUUUCACAGCAAAACUAAUUACUUUUUGAUCAUUCUCUACGUACCUGUGAUGGCACUCGCAGUGACGGCCAACAUUCUCGUGAUUGCAGUCGUCUUCAAAUACCACUACAUGCGCAGUGUGACUAAUUAUUUCGUGGUCAACCUGUCAAUAGCAGAUCUUUUGGUGACUGCGAUUUGUAUGCCGGUGGCUGUCAGUCAAGCAGUCUCUGUAAUAUGGAUACACGGGGAAAUAAUGUGCAAACUUUCCUCUUACCUUCAAGGUGUUGCAGUCGCUGCUUCGGUUUUUACCAUUACUGCAAUGAGCAUCGACAGAUACUUGGCGAUAAGGAAUCCUAUGGCGUUUCGUCGAGUGUUCAAUAGGAAAAGCACGGUUCUCGUUAUCAUGGCUCUUUGGUUGGUCCCUCUAAUCAUUUUUGCUCCUGUUCUCAGAGCGAGGACCCUCCACAGCCCAGGCAUGGAAUUUAGCAACAUAUCUUUCUACGGAUCCUGGGCAAUGACAAGGGAUUUUUCACAGAAUAUUUCUCGUGUAUCUCGCCAACCACCUGUUUUCUACAUUUGUUCUGAAGAUUUCAAGCCUCUGGGAAUUCGGGCGCCUCUCUUCGGAGCUGUGUGCUUUGUGCUGGUUUACGCUAUUCCUGGUUUCAUCGUAAUACUGUCAUACUCCAUGAUGGGACGAACACUGUGCGCGCGGAAACCACCUUUCGAUUGCGAUAGCGUUGAAGGAAGCGCCAGCUCGCAACAGAGUUUUCGGCUGGUACGUGAGAGAAAGCGAAUUGCUUGGAUAUUGCUUCUUCUGGCGGUGCUGUUCGCAUUGUGCUGGCUACCGUAUAACGUUUUAAUGCUCUUGAUAGACCUGGGCGCAGUCGAGGGAAAAGCAACGACAGAUGCUCUAUCCUAUUGCUUAUUUCUGGGACACGCGAAUAGCGCAUUGAAUCCUGUUGUAUACUGCGUUAUGACUCGUAAUUUCCGCCGGAGCGUAUCAGAGAUCCUUUGCCAUGGAUUGACACGUCAAAAGCCUUAUCGCAGGAGUGCUCAAGGAACUGCCGUGAUCGAUGAUGUGUGCGCAGGAUGUAGUGCUAAUAGUACCAUGAGACGAGGGUUGCUUCGCAACCAGAGAAUGUUAUCCGCAUGUGGAUGUGGACUACCGAUCAAUGGUCAUCACGCAGUUUUGGCCCUUCGGCGAACAGCCACCACUAGCAGUGGAUAUGAUAGUUUCUACAGUAGACACAGUCCUCAUCGACAUUGCUACAUGUUGCGAAGUCUUCGGGGAAGACAGCAAACAGUGAUGGAACAAAUGCAGAUAAACAAAAAUCAAGAGACCUGUUACAAGAAGAAUGAAGCCACUCAACCUCAUGUGAAUACGUUGGUCACUACAGAUGAACAACGUUGAACAUAGAAAUAAAUGAUUUAAUCAAAGAACUAACUUAGCCUUGGUUGAUCUCUUAUAGAUGUAUAGAAUAUCGUUAAAGGUAGUCGGAAAAGAUGCAAUGUCAGUUAAAAUAUGUUUGCUUAGAAUAUUUCCUAGCAGUCUUUGGAUUUGAAUACUGUAUCAUUCAUUGAUAAUUGUACUAAUGUUUAUAUCGAUAAAUAGUGUGAUAAAUAGUUUUCAAUUUUUCACGUGAUAACAAACGUAAAUUGCAUUAACGUUCCUUAAAACAAAAAGUCUUAUUGCAACAAUGUAAAUUCUGUCUACUAUGCAUUAUAAUAAAUGCACUAUAAUGAAUGAAAAAAAGAGCACACGUAAUUGAUGAGGAAUCAGGUAAAAGGGUAAGUUUGUGAAGUGAAUUUGAAUAAAGGAGACAAAUAGGGCUAGAUUUGAAAAGUAUUGAAACAGUGACGAGAAGUCACACUUUCGAUAAUGUUAUUUAUUUAUCGUUCACAUUAUUUAUUUAUCGUUCGAUUUGGAUUAAAAUAAUUUUUCAUAAGAAUAAUCUUGUUACGUGUAACAGGAUCAUAACUGUAAUGAGAUCAAGUGAACUUAAACAGUUUGUAAAUAUUUAUUUACAUUGAGUAAACAUAUUCGUCGUGUGGGCUUGACAUUAAUGAUAUUAUCCAGUUCAAUUCGAAUUGAAUUGAUUGUAAAAAUAAAUACGAAAAAAAUUGCACAAUUUGAAAAUAGAGUCUCUCAAAAUAUUUAUAAAAUUUUUUAGCAUUUUUUCUAAUAAAAAUUCAUGAAAUUGGAACUAAUAUCGUUAUCGUGACAUAUUAAUAAUGUUGCCUCUGUUGUUGAAUAUACAAUAACUGAAAAAAGCGCUAUUUCCAUUUCGAAAAAUUGUAUCGAUUAAAUUGAUAUAUCGAUACAUCCUAUUGGGAUAUUAAAUUUUCAAUAACGUUUGCAAUUUAUUCCGAUUCAACAUCUGUACGUGUAUUCGCAUUUCAUUUAAACAUUUCGAAGGAUUAAAUAGAACUCGUCCACGUAUUAAAAAAUAUCGAUGGACGAUAAGGGAUGACAUACAUAAAUGUAUAUAUAUUUAUGUGACUGAGACAAAGAAUUUCUUUUCUUUACAGAUACUUACGAAAUAUUAGUGUAAGAUUUGGAUGUUAAUGAUAAGAGAGCGUAGUAGGUACAUAGGUACAUAUGUAUCUUGAUGCAUAUGGCACAAAUAGUCGUUUUUUAUAAUAAAUCCUGUGCAAUAUACUCGAAUUGAAAACAAUGAUUUGAAAAUGCAGAUAUUUUUUCCUAAAAGCUUAGUGCAACAAACAACAUAACAUAUUUACAUAUACGUAUACGUGAACAGAUUCGGUUCAUGCUUUUUAUAAAUCUGAGAAAAAGAAGGAAGAAAUAAUAUUUCUAUUGAUAAUACUUUCGUCUUUCUAAAAAAAGAAACAACGUGACGCCGACAACGAGAACU